UGUACAUGAGCACAUAGUAUUUUUGUUCGAUAGCAAAUUAUAAUAAACUAAACAAUAAUAAGAAAAGCGUGUGAUAAGAAUGUACGAAUAUGAAGACUAUUUUCCAUACGUUGGUUAAAUAUAACGCAAUUAUUAAAAAUUUGUGUAAAAAGCAUCAUACGUUAUGUGUGUCAUACAGAAAUAACUUACCAAAAUUAAAAAAUGAAGUACAAUAUUUCUGUAAUGAAGUAGCUCCAUUGAAAGAGGAAAUUUGUAAUGUAGGCACAAUAGGACAUGUAGAUCAUGGUAAAACAACAUUGACAGCUGCUAUAACAAAAUAUGUUUCUGAAAGAAAUAAAAAUUACAAAUUUGUAACAUUCGAUGAAAUCGAUAAAGCACCUGAGGAAAAAAAGCGUGGUAUUACUAUAAACAUUGCUCAUGUCGGUUAUGCUACAGAUAAAAGACAUUAUGCGCACACAGACUGUCCUGGUCAUGCUGAUUUUCUCAAAAAUAUGAUUUCUGGUGCAUCACAAAUGGAUGGUGCAAUUUUAGUAGUUGCAGCUGACGAUGGUCCUAUGCCUCAAACAAAGGAACACUUAUUACUGAUCAAACAAAUUGGAAUUAAAUAUAUUAUUGUAUAUACGAAUAAGGUCGACUUGGUAGAUUCAGAAAUUUCUGAAUUAGUGGAGGUAGAAGUAAGAGAAUUACUGAAUAUGUAUGGAUUUGAUGAGUCAAAAUGCCCAAUAAUUUAUGGUUCAGCUUUACUUGCUUUGAAUGGAGAUCAAUCAAACUUGGGAGUUCCUUCCAUAAAAUUAUUAUUGGAUGCUUUAGACAAUUACAUACCAUCUAUAACAAGAGAUUAUGCCUCCCCUUUUGUAUUACCUAUUGAUAAUGUUUUCACAGUACCUGGUAGAGGUACAGUCGUGGUAGGAACAUUGAAACAAGGUAUUAUAAAGAAAAGCGAUACAGCAGAUUUAUUAGGAUUCGACGAAAAGUUUCAGGCUAAGAUUUCAGACAUACAGAUUUUUCAAAAAAGUGUGGAGAAAGCAAGGGCUGGUGACAAUAUAGGUGUCUUAUUAAGAGGUAUCAAAUUAAAGUCGGUACGCAGAGGAAUGAUAUUAUGUCAAAGCAAAUAUUUAAAUUUAAGUAAUCACUUUGAAGCACAAUUAUAUUUGCUAACCAAAAUGGAAGGCGGUCGUAACAAACCAAUAAAAAAAUCUGGACAGUGUACACAUAUUUAUUGCUCAACUUGGAAUAUACACACUCGCCUUGAUUUAAUAUUAGAAUCAGGAGCUGAAAUGUUGAUGCCAGGUGAAUUCACAACAGCUAGAUUAACGUUGUUGUUCAAUAUGCCAGUAGUGGAAGGGCAGGUUUUCACUGCCCGUGAACAGAAGUGUACAAUCGCUACAGGGCAGAUUACAAAAGUCUUCAAGUCAAUACAAGUUGAUAAAAGAAAAAUGAAUCUAGUAGAUAUUGGAAAUCUUAACACGCUUGCUUCUGCGCAGCCCGCCAAGAAGUCACGAUGAAAAUACUUACAGAUCUCCGAUCUGUAAAUUGGAGAAUGAAACAUUUCAUACGGAACAAACAAAUAUGUAAUAGUUCAAUAACUUUGUUGUGCUCUGUAUGUGCUGUCAGUGCCCGUUACUAUCAAAAUUCGCGCCGCAAUGAACGAUUUAAUGUACGUCAAAUUAGCGUAACAACGACGUUCUGAUUUGUAAGAUUAAAAAAAGUGUAUGGACUGAAAACAUAUACAUCAAUGUACAAAUAAAUAUUAGUAAAUAAAGUGUAGAUUUACAGUAGUGCCCAUUUAAAUGGCCGCGAUUAUCCCUACAAAUUCUUGGAAGCCAAGUAACUUGAUACAUUGUAUGCAUAUAUGGUUUCGGGUG